AUGCAACAGUACACUGGAGGAGGUCUUCCGGGAUACGACGAGGACGGAGCAGAGCCGGCCAGCUUCGAUCAGACAGACAAAGCGGAGGAUGCGAUCGAUUACGAGGACUUCAGCGAGGACGAUCUGCCGGAUGAGGAGGAGCCGACGAACACAGGUGGUAGAGGCGGCGAUGAUGAGGAGGAAGAAAUGCGCGGUCUCUUGGCCAACUCCAUCCCCGAUGCGCUCAAUGCACGCUCCACUCAACCGACUACCAAUGGACACGAUGCUCCUCCGCCGAUGGACUACUCCGCAAUGUCGCCCGCGAGCAUGACUUCUGCAGAAGAUGAGGAUGGUCUGGACGCAAACGUUGCACUCCAGCGACGCCUGUUCAAAGAUUCGAGGAGGCGAAAUGCAGGUGAAGAUGUGCUCACUGGUCCCAUCGACACCGACAUGGAGCUAUUCCACACCCUCUAUCCCGGAUACGAAGAGGCUUGUGCGCCUCGAUUCGUCGACCUGUUCCCAUCCAGGAAUGUGGAGUACAAGGGCAAGGCGCCUCUCAAGCCACCGAAAGCGGUUUUGCCAACGAAGCCGGUUCUGAGCCUCCUUCAAGACCAAGAGCGCAUGUUCAAGGCAGUGACCACGACGAAUAAAGCUGGAUAUGAGAGCACUUUCAAUAACAGCAUCAUUCAUCUACGUGUGGGUAGUGAGGAGAAGAGUGACAGCGACGACGAGCUGGACGCAAUCGAUUUUGACGAAGAUGAGCGGAUUGGUGGUAUUUCCAUGCAAGACCUGGCUCUGAUUUGCCAGGAUUGGGACGCCGCAAGCAUCGAUGGAAUCUCGUCUGUUGAGGAGCUCGCAGAGAGAUCAUUCGAGGGCAAUCUCAACGAUGGCGAUUGGGAUGCUCUGGAGCAGUCUCGACCAGCCAAGAAGCGCAAAGUCAAUCAGGGCCACCUCGAUGUCCAGCUGUCGAUGCGUGACAUCAGUCUCUCCUUCGAGGAGCCUGAGCGUGCGGUCGCGAAGUUGGCCAAAGCUGUCGCACUCGACCUCAACGAUCCCAAUCUUCUCAUCGAUGAGCAUGCGCCGCGGACCAAGAGGCAACUCAAACGCAUGCCCGGCGACGUCAAGCGCGAUGCUGCUCUCAGCCGAGAUAUCGCCAAACGCUACAACAUCAGCAAUGACCAGGCUUACGACCUGCUGAAGGAGAACCAUCAGCACAAAGUCCGAAGCACACUCGGCAGCAUGGCCGUGGAGCACAGCUUUCCAGCUACAAAACUGCAAUUCCCAUUCUACAAAGUCGCCUUGGACAAUAAAGCGAAGCGCGCAUUUCAUCGUCCUCAGCUGGAUCUCAAGGCGUCGAUCGGAAAGGAGUACAGAUUUCAGAAGCCAAAGCACAUCAAGAAGAAGAACGUUCGCGGCAAGGAUGCAAAGGAAGUCUUUGCGAAAGCAGAGGACCUUUCACUCGGCGACAACGCAUCGCUGCUCAUGCUGGAAUACUCUGAGGAAGCGCCGAUGAUGCUGUCGAAUUUUGGUAUGGGCAAUCGCUUGAUCAAUUACUACCGUAAGAAGGAUGCAGAUGAUUCAACACGGCCCAAACUGGAGAUCGGCGAGGCGCAGGUACUCCUCACACAGGACAAGAGCCCUUUUGCCAACUUUGGACACGUCGACAAAGGUGACACCGUGCCUACCAUUCAAAAUGGCCUGUUCCGCGCUCCCGUGUUCCAGCAUGACGCAAAGCCCGUGGACUUCAUCAUUGGUAUCAGCAGUACUUGGGAGGGUGGCGACCGCUUAUACUUGCGCAACGUGGAGAAUUUGCACAUUGUUGGCCAGCAAUUUCCACUCGCCGAAGUGCCUGGUCAACACUCUCGCAAAGUCACGGACGCCGCGAAGAAGCGUCUCCGUGCUCUUGCUUUCCGUAUCUACACGAAAAGUCAGAUGGGUCGUCGAGAUAAGAUGCGCGAGUUCAUGAAAUACGAGCGCUUCAACAACAAGGGAGAGAACGGUGGAGGUGUAUGGGUACCGCAGCCUGGCAACCCCGUGCCCGAUGCCGAGACACUGCGCAGCUGGAUCCGACCUGAAGAUGUGUGCUUGCUCGACUCGAUGCAAGUCGGCGUCCAGCACCUUGCUGAUCUCGGUCUUGCUGAGACCAAGGAAGCCGAAGAAGACAAAGACGCCGAGGAGGGUAGCACCAACCUGGAGCUGCAGCUGGCACCCUGGCGUGCGACGAAGAACUUCCUGAACGCUUGCCAGGGCAAAGCCAUGCUCACGCUUCAUGGCGAAGGAGACCCGACCCGGCGUGGAGAAGGCUUCAGCUUUGUCAAGACAUCUAUGAAAGGCGGCUUCCAGCCCAUUGGCGAGAGUGUCAAUGACAAGAUUGCUUCCAAGUCGAAGAAGGACAACGGUGGACAUUCGUAUAACGUCGCCAAGCAGCAAAAGGCAUACGACGAUCACAUUCGCAAGAUCUGGGAUGCUCAGAGGGAGAGCUUGACCAACAACCAGGAGCACUCUGACGAUGACAUGGAGGACAUCCGCGACGCGGACGGCGAGGACAGCUAUGGCCGAGUGCAAACUCCUCGAUCCUCGUUUGGCACGCCCGCCGCCUUCUCCUCCCGUCCCGACGACGACUACAUGAGCCAGUUUAGUGGACACAGUGCAGGUCGUGGCGACCGAAGCCUGGUCAUUGUUCGCAGCGGCGGCGUCGACGAAUUCGGUCGCGAACGCCCUGAAGUUCGCGAUGUCAUCACUAACCCAGCGGUCAUCCGCGAGUACAAGAAGCGCCAAAUGGAGAAGCAGUUCAAGGAUCGCAGCAUCGCAGAAUUCAAGCCCACGGGCGACGCCGAGAAAGACGCCUUCGCCAAGCAACAGCUUGAGAAGGAGCUCUUCCGCGUCAAACGCAACGCGGACCGCCGUGAGGCGCGCGAGAAGCUCAAGCAUAAGCAUAAUAAUAAUGCCAAUGCAGCCGCCGGUUCUCCCGCCGCCGGCUCCCCCGGUCCCUCGGACGAUGGAACGGCGCGUAAAUGCGCAAAUUGCGGCCAGGUCGGUCACAUCAAGACCAACAGAAAGCUUUGUCCCAUGCUGAACGGCACGAUGAAACCCGAGGACGCGAGUGCUAAUGGUGAUAGCUCGUUUGGCGCUGUGCCGGCUCCGUUGACGUUGUAA